CAGACAAGUUGAAUUAAUUGCAAAAUUUUCCAAUCUCAACUUCCAUUUUCCCCACCAUCUUCUCCUUCCAAAUCCACUCACGCCGCCAUUGAUACACUCUAAACACACAAAGUAACCGUCAAAUCACCAACACACAUUCUUCUUCCACUCCUCAUUUCAAUUUCUCCGCCAAUCGGAGAUCCUCUCUCCACCGUCGCCGGACUUCCGUCACUAAUUCUUCCAGAUCCACCUACAAUCAUGAAGAAACUGAGAAGUUUCUACAUGCAUUUAAAACAUCCACACACAAUAAGGAAGAAAUGGAUCUAUCCAGUAGCAGUAGCUUCAACCGUUACUCUAUUCCUACUGUUCAUCCUAACCCUAACUUCACUCGACGGCAACCGCAUCUACGGCUACUACACCACCACCGGAGCCUCUAUCUUCGUUGAAGAUCAGCUCAAACCUAUCAGCAUCUCCAAUAACAAUAAUAUUCCUCGUCUACCUCGAUUUGCCUACCUGAUUUCCGGUUCAAAUCACGACGGCGUUAUGCUCCGGCGGACGCUUCUCGCUCUGUACCAUCCGAACAACCGUUAUGUUGUUCAUCUGGAUGCGGAAUCGUCACCGGAGGAACGGUUAGAGCUGCAGAAUUUUGUGAAGAGUCAUCCUGUUUUUGUGAGAUUUGGAAAUGUUGUGAUGAUUACGAAGGCGAAUCUCGUGACGUAUCGCGGACCGACUAUGGUGGCGAAUACGCUUCAUGCCGCUGCUAUUUUGUUAAAAGAAGGUGGAGAUUGGGACUGGUUUAUUAAUCUUAGUGCCUCGGAUUAUCCUCUUGUUACUCAAGACGAUCUGCUUCAUACAUUCGCUUCGCUACCGAGGGAUCUUAAUUUUAUUGAUCAUACGAGUAAUAUUGGGUGGAAAGAGUUUCAGAGAGCUAAGCCUGUGAUUGUUGAUCCUGGGUUGUAUAUGACUGAAAAGACUGAUGUUUUUUGGAUUACACAGAGGAGAAGUGUGCCUACAGCCUUCAAGUUAUUUACAGGAUCGGCUUGGAUGGUUUUAUCUCGGCCUUUCAUCGACUUUUGUAUAUGGGGAUGGGACAAUUUACCUCGAACAGUCCUCAUGUACUACGCAAACUUCAUCUCGUCACCCGAAGGCUAUUUCCAUACAGUCAUAUGUAAUGCAAAAGAAUUCCGAAACACCACCGUGAACAGCGAUCUCCACUUUAUAUCAUGGGACAACCCUCCGAAACAACAUCCUCACUACCUUACAUUAGAAGACAUGUCAAAAAUGGUUGAAAGCAAUGCACCGUUUGCAAGAAAGUUCCACCAAGAUGAACCCGUGCUUGACAAGAUCGACUCUGAUUUACUGUUCCGAGGCCCGGAUAUGAUCGUCCCUGGUGGGUGGUGCAUCGGGAGCCGUGAAAACGGGUCAGACCCGUGUUCAGUCGUUGGGAAUCUCACAAGGCUUGAUCCUACAAGUGGGGCGAAACGGCUUGAGAUUCUUGUGAACUCGCUUCUGUCGGAUGAGAGUUUUAGACCGCGACAAUGCAGAUAACUACAAGUAGUGAAUGUUGAUCGGAUGUAAUUAGUUCGUGUGCGGGAAAACGGCGGGGCACUAAACUCGAUUUUGAACAUUAUACUGCCCAAGAAAGCAAGGUAAUUGUAUCGGUAAUUGUUAUGUUUUUGAAUUUUAUGUGGGUUUUUGAGCCGAUUCUUUUAGAACCCUGAUUCACCAUUUUUAUAAAAUAGUUUUAUAGAUAUUUUAAGGGGGUUGAGGGUGGUGAUGAAACCAAGGGAUAUCUGUUUAAAAAAAAACAGGUGAUUUUGUGCCAUUUUAGUUGUGGGACAAGAACAGUGCUGUAAAAUAUAUCAGACUUUCGAAACCUUCACAACGUGCUUUUGUUCAUAUUUA